CAUGAUGACUUUGACUGGAAAAAAACCAAGGGGCAUCCAACCAUAAAAGAAAAAGAGAAAGAAGGGGCUUGAAUACUGAAUCUUAUCUACACAACCCAGUUCCCACUCAAAUCUCAGAUUUUGAUCUGUUGCUUCAUUCAUGGCUCAGUUCCGAGGUCACAAGUCCUCCCUUUCCAGGUAUACUUCCUCUCGUUAUCCAUAUAGGUAUCACGUGUUCCUGAGCUUCAGAGGUGAAGACACCCGAAAGAACUUCACUGAUCACCUCUACACGGCCCUUGUCAACGCCGGAUUUGAGACUUUCUGGGAUGACCUAGAAAUUGAGAGAGGGGAAAAUGUCAAGGAAAGGCUUGAGAAUGGCAUUCAACAGUCACGAAGUUCCGUGAUUGUGUUUUCAAAAGACUACACCUCUUCCAGAUGGUGUCUGGACGAGCUUGUCAUGAUUCUUGAACGCAAGAGGACCUCCGAUCAUGUCGUGUUCCCGGUCUACUAUGAUAUUGGUCCAUCUCAAUUGAGGAAGCAGGCAGAAACUCUUUCAAAGGUUCCUAAAUACCAAGAAAAUCAAUCGUCGGAGAAGUUGAAUGGAUGGCGAGCAGUGCUUGGAGAAGUUGCAGAUCUAGCAGGAAAUGUUUUAAAAAAUGAAGCUGACGGGUACGAGUCAAAGUUCAUCCAAAAAAUUGUUACAGUGAUUCAGGACAAGCUAGGUCAUGUGCCCCUGACCGAUGUCCAGGAGGUGUUACAGAAGAAGUUGUUGUUUAUAAACCCUUACCUCGAUGACGCCGAGGGGAAGCAACUGAAAUUCCCAACUGUGAAGGCAUGGCUCAAUGAGCUUAAAGAAGCUGUCUAUGAUACCGAGGACCUAUUGCAGGAGAUCAAGACAGAAGCAUUAAGACAAAAGAUGGAACCCGAAUCUGGAAGUAGCACGAGUAAGGUAGAAGAGCUCAACUCUAGUCUUCCAUUUCAUGCUUUUGAUUCAACAUCAAUAUACCGGAGGGCAGAGGAAUUUCAUAAGAAACUAGACUCCAUUAUGGAGCGGAGAAGAGACGUCUUCGGUAUGGAAGCAACUGUUGGAUACAAGGUAUCACAAACAACAUCGUCAACUUCUUUUCUCGAAGACUCUGGUGUGUUUGGUAGAGAUGACGAGAAGGAGACACUUAUUGAAUUGUUGCUAUCAGAUUAUGAGAGUGGCAAUAAGAUAAGUGUGAUUCCUAUUGUGGGUAUGGGUGGGAUUGGAAAGACCACCCUUGCCCAAUUUUUGUACAACGAUGAUAGAGUUGAACAACAUUUUGACAAAAAAGCAUGGGCUUCUGUUUCUGAAAAAUUUGAUGUUCUCCAGAUCUCAAAAAAAAUUUAUGAGUCCCUUACAUUAAAGGCCUGCGACGUUCAGUACUUAGAUCCACUUCAGUCAAUAUUGAAGGCGGAAUUGAAGGGGAAAAAGGUUUUCUUUGUUUUUGAUGACGUGUGGAAUAAGAGUUAUACUGAAUGGGAGAAGUUAAGGCGUCCUUUUCAAUUUGGAGCACCUGGAAGUAAGAUUAUUGUCACAACACGCAAUCAAGAUGUUGCACGUAUGGUGUGUACUCUUCAAGCUCACUGUCUCAGGCCACUGUCUGCAGAAGAUAGCUGGUCAUUAUUUGAAAAACAUGCCAUCAAAAAUACAGGUGUUGGUCCACACUCACAUCUUGAAGAAAUAGGUAGACAAAUUGUACAAAAGUGCAAUGGUCUUCCUUUGGCUAUUAAGUCCCUUGGGGGUCUGUUAUGUUCUAAAUCAGCUGUGAAGGAAUGGGAAAGUAUAUUGUACAGUGAGAUGUGGGAGUUGCCACAGGAGGAGAGUGGCAUUCUGCCAUCUCUUUGGUUGAGCUAUAUGUACCUGCCUUCACAACUCAAACAUUGUUUUGCAUAUUGUUCGAUAUUUCCCAAGAACUAUGUGUUCAAAACAUCAAAAAUAUUGGUUUACUUGUGGAUGGCUGAAGAUCUAUUGCAACCUAAAAAACACAAAACUGCAGAAGAAAUCGGACAAGAUUACUUCAAUGAUCUAAUCUCAAUGUCAUUUUUUCAAGUUUCAUCAAGGUCCGAUCAAUAUAUCAUGCAUGACCUUAUCAAUGAUCUAGCAAGCUUUGUAUCAGGAGAAUUUUGUUUUAGGUGGGAGGGCAGUGAUUCACCCAACAAUUUGAGCAAGACUCGUCACUUUUCAUGUAUGUCGGGAUAUCUUACUGCAGAGCCUGGUGGCCUAGAGAUGUUUGAGGCUUUACAGCAAGCUAAACAUUUGCACACCUUUCUACAAUUAGAUCCAUAUUCGUCGGUGUUGUCGAUAAUAGCUCCCUACAAGGCGAACAAAGGACUCUACGAGGCAUUGCCAAAGUUUCAAUGUUUAAGAAUGCUUAAGUUAUCAUGGUACAAAAACAAGAAAUUGCCUGAUUCAAUUAACAACUUGAAACAUCUUAAGCACUUGGACUUGUCUUACAGUUCCAUCCGUAAGUUACCUGAUACAAUUUGUACUUUGUAUAACUUGCAAGUAUUGUUGUUGUCAGACUGUGGCUACCUUACUGAACUGCCAGCCAACUUGGGAAGAUUGAUCAACUUGAGCCAUCUGGAUAUUGACUGUACACCCUUGGAAAAGAUGCCACCGUACAUGGGUAAUUUGAAAGACCUCCAGAUGCUACCAGAGUUUGUGCUAGACAAACACACUGCUGGGGAUAAUUUGCCAGAGUUAAAGAAUCUUCAAAAUUUGCGUGGAAGUCUUCGUAUCUCAGGGCUUGGGCAUAGCAGCGGUUUGGAGGCCUACAUACUGAGGGACAAGAAGUUUCUUAAGGAACUGGUUUUGGAUUGGGGAGAAGAAGAGGAAACAGAAGAAGAAGAAGAGUCAAGUGAAGAAGGCAAUAAUACUGUAGAAGAAGUGCUUGAGAAGCUCCAACCUCACCUGGAUUGGGGAGAAGAAGAGGAAACAGAAGAAGAAGAGUCAAGUGAAGAAGGCAAUAAUACUGUAGAAGAAGUGCUUGAGAAGCUCCAACCUCACCUGAAUCUGGAAAGGCUUACAAUUAUAGAUUAUGGAGGCAAAAUGUUUCCAGGUUGGUCAGAAUAUUAUUCUUCCUCUGCUCUUGUUUAUCUUAGACUUUUUAAUUGUCAGAAUUGUAUCUCCUUGCCACCAUUGGGACAACUACCUUCCCUCAGAGAGCUUGAAAUUCGGGAGUUGAGUGGGUGGCAAGAAUGGUCUGAUGUUGGAGGUGACGAUAUUGAAAGUGGGGUUUUUCCUAAUCUAGAGAAACUUGACGUGGGUGACUGUCCCAAUCUUACUGGGAGAUUAGCAUCAGACAGUCUCCCAUCUCUUUUGUCUUUGAAGUCAUGGAAGUGCCCAGAAUUUGAAUGGUUUCCGGAAGAUGGAUUCCCGUCAAAGUUAAAAUCACUUUGGAUCGGGUACUGUAAAAAAGUGAAUGCAGAGAGCGUGCAGAAUCUGAACAAGGGUCUCCGAACACUCACCUCUCUUGAAGAAUUGUCACUUGAUUUUGACAGCAGCGAAAAAUUAGACUGGUUUGCGGAGGAGCUGUUUCCCAGCACUCUCACAUAUCUUAAGAUUCGCCGUUUGAAUUGUGAGACCAUCGACGGCGCCAAGUGGUUUGGCCAUCUCAACUCUCUUCAAAAAUUGGCUAUUUGGGACUGCCCUAGACUCCGGUGCUUGCCAGAUAGUGGGCUAUCCACUUCCCUUCAACACUUGGAGAUUCUGGAUUGCCCUGCUCUGCAGUGCUUGCCAGAUAGUGGACUACCCUCUUCUCUUUCUGAUCUACUUAUCCGUGGUUGCCCUUUGCUUCAGAAACGGUGCCAAAGAGAGACGGGUGAAGAUUGGCCCAAGAUUGCUCACAUCAAGGACUUAGCUAUCUAAGAUCCUAUUGGCCAUGUCUUAAAGGGCUUGCAUAUUCUGUGUAUAAGAUCCUAUUGUUUGAACUCAUUGUUGAUUCCUCACUUCUAGGGCCUCGCAUGAACUCAUGAUCGAUGGGUUUGACAACGACAUGCCAUAUGAAGGAGAAACAGACCAUUUCCAUUUCCUACGCAGUUUAGUGGAAAGUGAGCAAAAUUUCUUGAUAUGUUAAGAUAGAGAGAUAGGCCAAGGUUAAGAUUGCUCGCAGGACCAAUAUUGCCAUGUCUUGAUGUCUGAGUUCUUCUCAUCUGCUUGCGGACUGUUCUUUAUCUCCUGCACUCAUUCACACUGUUUCCAAGCACAAUGAAAAUCACAGAGAGCCAAUUUUGGGGUCAAGCUUGUAGUGAUGUUUUUGGUAGUUUUAUGCCAGUGUGAUAUCAGCUCCCUAGACAUUACAAGUUGACAACCGUAUGCAGUGUUGCCUCUAGUGGACCUUGGCCUUGUAUACCUUGUUUGUCUAGGACGUUACAAUGUGCCCAAGGAUCAGUACUGAUGUACACCAUAAGGGUCUUAGGUGGAUGUACUGAAUUUUUUGGUGUUGUAGCUUCUUAGUGUUCAAGGCGCAAUAGUCUAGGCUAGUAGUCAUUUUUAUGUGCAGUCAGCGCACUACUUGAGCAAUGAUUGUAAUAUGAGGGGUGUUUGUACCCUUCAUGCUUGACCGAGUGAGGUCGUAUGAUUUUAUAUCAAUGGAUCAGUCUUCAAUUCCCUUAAAAAAAAAUGAUCUUAUUAAAGCUUGUGGCUUAGGCCCUGCAUUUUGGAAAAAAUGGCUAAUGCAUGUAUCCUGUUACUUUCCAUUCUUUACAUGCAGCAUCUCAUAAUACUUGUAGCUGUUGGACUCUCAUAAAUUUGAAAUCACUUUGCAUAUCAUCUGUAAUUGAAGAAUGACCUUAAAGGUUGUGGCACUUCCAUAUUAUCUCA